AUGGCUUCAGGCUACGAUCGUGCUCUUUCAGUUUUCAGUCCCGAUGGUCACGUCUUUCAGGUCGAAUAUGCGCUGGAAGCAGUCAAGCGGGGAACCUGCGCCGUAGGCGUCAAGGGCAAAGAUAUUGUGGUGCUGGGUUGUGAAAAGAGAUCGGCCAUGAAGCUCCAGGAUACCAGAAUCACACCCUCCAAGAUCGGUCUACUAGAUACCCACGUCUGUCUCGCUUUCGCCGGUCUAAAUGCGGAUGCACGGAUAUUGGUCGACAAGGCCAGAUUAGAAGCCCAGUCUCAUCGCCUAACGGUUGAAGAUCCUGCCAGCAUCGAAUACAUCACAAAGUAUGUGGCUGGUGUUCAACAACGAUACACACAGAGUGGUGGUGUCCGGCCUUUUGGUAUCAGCACGUUGAUCAUUGGCUUCGACAAAGGCAGCACUGAACCCAAACUCUAUCAAACAGAACCCUCGGGCAUCUAUUCCGCAUGGAAAGCGAAUGCCAUCGGUCGAUCCAGCAAGACAGUACGCGAAUUCCUCGAACGCAAUCAUAAAGAUGACAUGGAUCGAGAGGCCACAAUCUCCCUCACCGUCAAGUCAUUAUUGGAGGUCGUACAAACCGGUGCAAAGAACAUUGAGAUUGCUAUCAUGGCUCCUGGCAAGACGAUCGAGAUGCUCCCCUCGGAACAGAUUGAGCAAUAUGUCAAGACAAUUGAAGCUGAAAAGCAAGAAGAGCAGGCCAAGAAGAAGCCGGGUCGACCAGGCCAGUCUGCACUUCCCACUCGCCCUCUAGAGGGAGGUGAAGGUAGUGGUGAUAUCUGA